AGAGAGAGAGAGAGAGUAAUAUAAAUGGUCGCUGUGUUGUGAAGCUCCGGCAGAUUAAACCCCUUUUGCUCUUGUUUUCCGGCCAAGAACCCCACCAUGGACGAUUCCGGUUUUAUCCGAUUUCCGGGCAAUCUUGAUCCUUGCGCUCGAGAAUUUUUCCCGACCAACCCCUUCGGUUCUCUCUUGCCGCCGCCGCCGCAGCCGCAGCAAGUUUAUUUUCCCUAUCCUCCUUACCACCGGUCACCGGAGGAGGGUGUGGGGUACCCUCCACCACUUGCGCCGCCGCCGCUGCAGACCCCGUACCUUCCGCCGCCGAGUCACACGCCCACCCGGUCGCUUCUCAUCAGCAUGCUCUCCCCUGACGCGAGCGAGUCGCUGGUGAGGAGGGAGCUGGAGGUUUUCGGCGACGUGAGGGCCGUUCAGAUGGAGCGGGUGAGGGAGGGCAUCGUCACCGUCCAUUUCUACGACCUCCGCCACUCCCAGGCGGCGCUGCUGGAGAUUCAACAACAGCACAUGCAGCAACAGUACCGUCUGCGCCGUCACUACGAAACGGUUAUGACCCAAAAUUUCUUUCCGCCGCCGCCGGCUCCGGCGGCGGCGGCGGGCCUCAUCGCCGGUCGGGCUGUGUGGGCCCAGUUCACCAACCCCGCCAGUUACGGCGUCGCCGACGGGAAUAAUCAAGGGACGCUGGUGAUAUUCAACUUAGACCCCCGCGUUUCCCCUUCUCACCUCAAAGAUAUUUUUGAAACAUUUGGGACAGUGAAAGAAUUGAGAGAGACACCCAUGAAACGACACCAAAGGUUCGUGGAGUUCUACGAUGUAAGAGACGCAGCUAAAGCACUGUCGGAGAUGAACCACAAGGAAAUAAAUUCCAAGAAAAUCUUGAUUCAAUACAGCCGCCCCGGUGGCUGUGCCUCAAAACCCAACCCCAAAUUCCACACAAGAUUUUCUCACCCGCCGCCGCGGCGCUCCGCCGCUGUUACAUGGUCGAGCAAGAAACCCAACCAGUCCAAAGGAAACCCUUGCGGGUCAGUUCAAGAUUCGAUGGAUUCUCUGUGUAUAAGGAGCAGGAAUAAUAACGAUAAUGGGUUUAAGAAGGGGGGCACAGAUGGAUCAUCUUCUUCCUCGUCUUCAUCGUAUGGUGGCAACACAAAUAGGCGAAGAACAUGGAAAGGGCAAGGAGGUAACAACGUUAAACUGCUGGCCAAGGACCAUGAUCCUCGCUUCUUAAUAAACGAGGAUGCAGUCAUGGAAUCCGAGAGCACAGAUUCAAGAACCACUGUCAUGAUAAAAAAUAUACCCAAUAAAUACAGUCAGAAGCUCCUGCUCAACAUGCUGGACAACCACUGCAUUCACUGUAACGAGCAGAUUGCCGCCGCACACGGCGGCGAUGACCUCCCGGACCACCCCAAAUCCUCCUACGAUUUUGUCUACCUCCCCAUUGAUUUCAUUAACAAGUGCAACGUGGGAUAUGGGUUCGUGAACAUGACCUCGCCCCAAGCCACAUGGAGACUCUACAAAGCAUUUCAUCAACAAACUUGGGAAGUCUUUAACUCCAGAAAAAUCUGUGAAGUCACCUACGCAAGAUUACAAGGGUUAGAAGCACUGAAAGAGCACUUCAAGAACUCCAAGUUCCCGUGCGAGGCGGAGGAGUACAUGCCGGUGGUGUUCUCUCCGCCGCGAGACGGGAAGGCUUUGGCCGAUCCGGUGCCCAUUGUUGGGCGCCCACUGCUCCUCACUUCAACGGAGGAAGAAGAAGAAGAAGAAGAGGAGGAGGAAGAGUCCAACGUGGAAGAAAACGGGUACGGUGGCGCCGGCGCCGGCGAUUGUGGAGAUCUAGGAGGUAAUGAUGACGAUGAUGAAGAUGGGUAGAGACUAGAGAAUGAGAGAAAAAUGGGUAAUCCAAACUAACUAUUAAAUCAAGAUUUUCUUGAUUCUGCUACGAAAGAUUUGGAAGAGGAUCUUGGUGGCCAGUGCGCCGCCCAAUAGCGGUGCUUCUCUCUCAGAACACAAGUCUCAAGUCUAACCUGCCAUUUCAGUGUAGUAUAUUUUAUGUCAUCAUACUCGUGAGUUUACCACUAUAGCUAUUUUAGGCUAGCUAGCUAAGAU